AUGGCCGCGCCCAGUAUUGCUAUGGAGAGCCGACAUCAGAGUAAUUGCAAACUCAACAAAGCUGAGAAGAAACUCUUAAGGAAACAAAUGAAAGCCAAACAUACUCUUCUGAGACAUGAAGGCAUUGAAAUAGUGUCCUCUGCCACUCAGAACCUGGUUGUUGCCAAUGGUGGUUUGGGUAACGGUAUGAGUAGGAACCAGCUGCUGUCAGUGUUGGAGGAAUGUGGACUGGUGGAGGCCCUCUUAAUGCCACCCAAUAAGCCCUACUCAUUUGUAAGAUACAAAAGUGCGGAAGAAUCCAGGAAUGCAUAUGUUACUCUUAAUGGAAAAGAAAUACUAGACGAUUUAGGACAAAAGAUCAUUUUGUACUUGAAUUUUGUGGAAAAAGUGCAGUGGAAGGAGUUGGAACAUCAGACCUUACCUCCAGGCCUUAUGGUAAUAGAAGAAAUCAUUUCUUCUGAGGAGGAGAAAAUGCUUUUGGAAAGUAUUAAUUGGACAGAAGAUACAGAAAGUCAUAAUAUUCAGAAAUCUUUGAAACACAGAAGAGUAAAACAUUUUGGUUAUGAAUUCCAUUAUGAAAACAACAAUGUAGAUAAAGAGAAGCCACUCCCUGGGGGUCUCCCUGAUAUUUGUGACAGAUUUUUGGAGAAGUGGUUGAAGGAAGGUUACAUUAAACAUAAACCUGAUCAACUGACCAUAAAUCAGUAUCAGCCUGGGCAUGGAAUUCCUGUUCAUGUUGACACGCAUUCUGCUUUUGAGGAUGAGAUCAUUUCUCUCAGUUUGGGGUCAGAGAUUGUCAUGGAUUUUAAGCAUCCAGAUGGUGUGGCAGUCGCAGUUAUGUUGCCUCGUCGGAGUUUGCUGGUGAUGACAGGAGAAUCUAGAUAUCUUUGGACCCAUGGAAUCACACCCAGAAAAUUUGAUACCGUCCAGGCAUCUGAACAUCACAAAAGUGGAAUUAUAACCGGUGAUGUUGGAGACUUGACUUUAAACAAGAGGGGAGUACGAACAUCCUUUACCUUUCGGAAAGUGAGGCGAACACCUUGUACCUGUAGUUUCUCCCUGGUCUGUGACAGCCAGAGGAAACAGAGUCCUCCCUCAUUCCCAGGGAAUGACCAAGAAGCCUCGCAGCUGGAGCAGGAGUAUGUGCACCGAGUAUAUGAGGAAAUUGCCGGUCACUUCAGCAGCACCAGACAUACCCCUUGGCCACACAUCGUGCAGUUUUUGAAGUCUUUGCCAAAUGGUUCAAUAGUGGCUGAUAUUGGAUGUGGAAAUGGAAAAUACCUUGGCAUCAAUCAGGAAUUAUAUAUGAUUGGCUGUGAUCGCAGCCAGCACCUCGUGGACAUCUGUAGAGAAAAGCAGUUUGAGGCCUUGGUGUGUGAUGCACUGGCAGUGCCCAUCCGCAGCGAGUCAUGUGAUGCCUGCAUCUCCAUUGCUGUAGUCCACCAUUUUGCAACAGCAGAACGUAGAGCGUCAGCUCUUCAAGAACUUGUUCGACUCCUGAGACCUGGUGGGAAAGCCCUUAUCUAUGUGUGGGCAAUGGAACAGGAAUAUAAUAAGCAAAAAUCUAAAUAUCUCCGAGAAAACAGAGUUAGCCAAGGAUGGAAAGAGGAGAAAAACAGUGACACAUCUGUCCAGGGGUCACUUGUGGAGCGGCUGCCUACAGUGGGCAAUCAAGAUGUGGCAUCUGUGGUCCCCUCCGUCAGGGAUAUGCAGGAAGGAGAGUGUCAUUCAAGGAAAGUGGCUAAUUCCAAGCUCCCUGUUCAUACCAACAGGACCUCUUUUCAUUCCCAAGAUGUUCUGGUUCCCUGGCACCUGAAGGGACGUUCUGGUAAAGACAAAGCCGGGGAGCCAUUGGAAUCCGUGGGACCCUGUGACGCCCAUACUGUGUUUCAUCGUUAUUACCAUGUGUUCUGUGAGGGGGAACUGGAAGCCACCUGCCGGACUUUGCGUAAUGUCAGCAUUCUGCAAAGCUACUAUGAUCAGGGAAACUGGUGUGUGAUUCUAAAAAAGCUCUGAUUUGUUUAAAAAGGCAAGUAAUAAAGAAACAUACAGAUUUUAAAAAACAAAACAGGACACUAACUUAUAUUUUUAAUGCAGGAGAAAACUUGUAGAAAAUUACCAACGGAAUGUACCUGCAAAAAAUUUGGAAGUAGUUAGGGAACAUUCAGUCUGCUGCUCCUGGCUAACCUUUUAAGUGCAGGGCUCUUCUCACCUUACAACCAGGAAUGGUUUUUAAUAAGUACCUGGAGUUAGGAGCAGUGCUGCAUCAUAGUAGGAUAAGCCUCCACCUACAGUGUUGGCAACCCAUAUGGGUGCCAUUUCAAGUCCCAGCUGCCCCG